ACUUCUUCCAACUGGCCCGCCAACAAGAAUCGAUAGGCCAUGCAAGAAAACACCACCCAGCCGGGCGACGCCCGCGAAACCCAUCUUGUGACGGGCGGUAGCGGCUUCAUCGCGCAGCACCUCGUCAGCCUGCUGCUGGACCAGGGCGUCGUCGUGCGCGCCACGGUGCGCAGCCUCGACAAGGCCAAGAAGGUCUCAGCCCUCAAGGAUCUGCAGGCCAAGCACCCUGACGGCCGGCUGCAGCUCUUCGAGGCCGACCUGCUGCGGCCCGGCAGCUUCGCCGAGGCCAUGCGCGGCUGCUCCGUCGUCCACCACGUCGCCUCGCCCUUCAUGAUGGCCGAGAAGAUCAAGGACGGUCAGAGGGAGUGCGUCGAGCCCGCGCUCGAGGGCACCAAGAACGUGCUGGCGAGCGUCAACGAGACCGAGUCGGUCAAGAGGGUUGUGCUUACGUCUUCAGUCGGCGCCGUAUUCGGCGACUACGCCGACGUGACGGACCGCAUGGGCGGCGUCCUCACCGAGGAACACUUCAACGAGACCAGCACCGUGACGCACAACCCGUACCACUACUCCAAGGUCCUGGCCGAGAAGGAGGCCUGGAGGAUCUCGAAGGAGCAGGCGCGGUGGGACCUCGUCGUCAUCUGCCCGGGCUUGGUGCUGGGCCCGCCGCUGUCGCGCGGGUCCGAGUCGGGCAGUCUGUUCCUAAUGGACGAGCUGCUGCGCGGCGACCUAUUCUUCGGCGUGCCCAACCUCUACUUCUGCACCGUCGACGUGCGCGACGUCGCUGCCGCCCACGCCAAGGCCGCUGCCGCCGCCGCCUCGGUCGUCGCGGAGCGCAGAUACAUCGUCGCGGCGGCCGAGAUGGCGGCCUUUGUCGACGUCGCCCGCAGCUUCCGCGGGCUGGGCGGCGGCUCACUCACCAUCCCGACGCACCGCGUGCCUGACGCGCUGGUGCGAGUCCUGGGCCCACUGUUUGGGCUGACGCAGGCGUGGCUGGGGCGGAACCUUGGGGUCAGGUUCGAGGUGGACAACAGCAGGAGCGUCAAGGAGCUCGGGGUGGAGUACACGCCGCUCGAGGAGACUCUGGAGGAGCACUACAAGGGGUGGAAGGCGAUGAGGCAAUAAUUGCCUGGGUGCGUGGCCCGAAAGGCCACGUGGAUUUUACGCACGUGUAUCCUCUUCUCUCGCGCCAGAAGCUGGAAACCCAGGUCCGAAUCUGAGCCAAACCCCGCCUGAGAGUCAGC